CCCACCCCAUCGCACAGUAGUGCUUAGCGCCAGCUCGACAACAUCUUAGUCUGAGCACUCGUUUACUAAAAAUCUACAAUUGAAUCGUAGGCCUACAUCAUGAAGAGUUCCGUAGGAAUACAAUUGCUGAUUCUGGUCGUUUUUUAUGGGUCUUCACAGUCUUGCGACCCUGAGAGAAAGUAUCAGAACGAGAAUGGGGAGUGUUGCAAAAAAUGUCCCCCUGGGACAAAAAUGGCAACCCUUGACAACUGUGCCAAUCCCACGUGUGAACCAUGUAAAGAGGGAGAGUAUCAAGAUGAGUACACAAAGGAGUCAAAAUGUAAACGCCAUCCAUAUUGUGAUCCAAAUGUUCACCUACAGCCCACACAGCCCAUUACUAAAGAGAAGAGAAGUGUGUGCGAGUGUAUGAGUGACUACCACUGUGACAGCACGUCAUGCGUCAUGUGCAUCCAGAAUCGCCAGUGCCCUCCUGGCCAGAAGAUAUCUAAAGCCGCCACUCAAUACACAGACAAUGAAUGUACGGAAUGCCCGGAGGGAUUCUUCUCAGACACAAAUUCAUCUAGGAGCUGCGAGCCAUGGCGAGAGUGUGGAGCUAUUGAGCAGGAAGGCACUUCAACAUCCAACAGAAUUUGUGGCCAUGCUGCCAAUCAUACUGGAGCCAUUGUAGGAUUUACUUUUGCUGCUGUGGUUGUUUUGCUGGUGAUCGCGGUGAUUACCAAGUUUAGUGGAAAAUUAGGAGACAUUCUGCAAAGAAAGAAAAAGUACUUUGCCCCCCUUCCCGAAGUCGAGAGGUUUGAAGAUGUGGAGGCUGCAAAGGGCCAGGAGGAGAAACUCCCUGUAAACCCUGUCGAGGACUCAAAUGGACGAGGAGCUGUAGAGGAUAUGGAGGUCGGAACAGGCCCUGAGGAGAUCGGUCCCAUAAUGCAGGUAGCGGUGGAGGACGAUCCCAACGAGCCUGUUCAGUAUAGAGAUGAAGGAAACGACAGCAUCGAUGUCGGAAGGCGGACGGUGAACGGCCAGAUUGUGAGGCAGGAGGUGCAUUGUCAGGAGGAUGGGAAAGAGGCCAUACUGUCGCAGCCUGAGACCUCUUUCCAGUCCACAUGAAUUUCAAAACAUUGCACUGUGCAGUCUGCAGCUGUACGCUUGUAAAGACUCGCCUCUUCCCAUGAUGAUUCUUCCUUGGCUUCUGUGGAAAUGCUGAUGUAUGAGCACCCAUACAGCUUUUCUCACUGUUAAUCUCAGUGGCCAACAUUUAUCAUCAGUAUUCAUUUCCCCGGCGCAUUACACCAUUUGCUGAAGUAAGGUUCAUCUGAUGUGCAGUGCAUUGUGAAGUAUAUGUGUUAACGUUAAAACAUUUACAUUUAAAUGUAAUGUAAAUGUAAAUGCAAAUGUAAAUAUCUGCAACCAUAAAAAGAAUCUGCUAUAAACGACAUAAGGCCAUUGUUCAAUGUCUGCGGCGGUACUACCCUGCAAUGUCCCAACACUAAUCUUGCAUUAAAUGCUGCACCUGAGACCAAUGUGAGAGUACUGUAUAGUACCCUCAACUCUAUGGCAAUGCAGGAUUGCCAGUGUUUGGCAUCUGAAAGUUUUGUUGAAACAAAGUUUGAAGGACAUCCAAGGCACUCUGCAUCUUACUUUACUUCAUACAAAUUCUGUAUUAUUUUUGAGUCAAUGUUGUGUCUGAGAAGGUACAAGAGUUCAAUAGGAGGCUUUGUUCUAUAUAGGUAUAAGUAAUUUAAGGAAUACAUUAUUGUGCUAACAGGUGUUUCUGCCCCUGCGAAACGCAUUUGUACAUACUUCUCUGUGUCGGAGCACGUUUUUCAUGUCCAGUGAAGAGAUGACUUCUCUCUCUCUCUCUCUGAACACCUACCCAUCUCUGUCCAUUCAGAUACAUUGUUUUAAAAUAAUAUAUGUGUUAAGUUCUUUUUUAUUGUUGUGAAUAAACUACUGGUUAACCAUG